UCCCAAAAGCCUCCUAUUUAAGCACACACCUCCAUGGAGACAGCAUAUGGGAGAGAUAGAGAGCAGCAGCAGGCUUGGUCUAGAGACAUGAUGGCCUUAGACAACUGUUUUCUAUUUCCCUUCCAACCCUCUUUGGACAUUUGGGAUCCACCAACCUUUGGACUUGGCGAUCACCAUGAAUUCAUACCUUUGGCUAUGGAGUCUCCACUGUCCUCAGAGGCCUCCACUGGGUACUUACAAGAUGCAGUGGCCGACUGGAGUGAUCGGUGCAAGCGGAGACGAACGGCUUCAAAUGGUCAUGACGAUCCGAUCUCGACGACUAAAGACCUCCAAGAUCUUCUUCAAGGGUUCUGGGAUUCAAAUUGCCAUGUAGAUCCCUUGGACGAUUUGAAUUACAUGUUUCAAGAUAACAGUACUGUCUCCGAAGAUCCGCUGAACUUACUCAUGCCUAUGAAAGGCCCCAGCACGCUGCAGGAAGCUAAUGCAUCGCCACACCAACAAGAGCCCCUCCCUUCUCUUUCCUCCCUGGAGAAACCCUUGUCUGAAGAUCCAAGUGGAAAACUUACCCAUGAGUCAAAAGACUCCGAGGCUUCUCAUCCUUCCCCUACAGUAAUCAAAAGUUUCUCUCCCAAAGAAACCGAGAUCCGGCAUGGUGCAAGGAAGAAGAAGAAGGCAGUGGGGGUGGUUUAUCCCUUUGUAGUGGUGAAGCCUGGAGGACUGGAGGGGGACGUGACUCUUGACGAUAUCAAUGCAAGGCUCCUCAUGCGCCCAGCCAGGCCUGUUCACCACCCUGUGGGGGAGUACGCCUGCGGUCCAUGCGUGUCGCCGGACGGACCAGGACUUUCCGGGAAGGCAGUCGUGAGCCUCACAAGGAUCCACACUCAGGGGAGCGGAACUAUCACUAUCAUAAGAACAAGAGGGUGAAGGCUUUAAGCCUUGCUCUGGGUACAAUAUGAGACUAGCUCGAUGUGUAUGUAUAGAUGUUGCAUCCAUGUAAAUGUAACGUUUCCAGUGGUAAUGAUAUAUAUUAGCUUUGUGGUAAUAAAUAUU